UUUUAAUAAAAAUAAAUUAGCUUGGAAUUUAGGAUAAAAAUAAAAUAUUAAUAAAAAAGAAUGCUUGAAAAUAAAUAAACUUAUAAAAGUAUUAAAAAAUUUAUUUAAUCAGACUCUCUUUAGCGUAUUAAUGUAGAGCUUGAUUAUAAGUAUUAGAAUUGGUUAAUCUGAAAUUUAUAGCUUAGGAUAAGAGUUCUAGAAAUCACAGAAUCUGAAAAGACUCUUCCUUAUACUUAACAAUAAUUUUUUAGAUGGAUAAGGAGGUUAUUUUAUAGGAGUUAGUUUAGCUAAAUGUUUAAAUGUGUCUGAUUUAGUGAUAGAUUUAAGCUUAAAUAAAAUAGGGGAAAAAGGAGCAAAAGGCUUAGCCUAAGGAAUAGGAAAAAUGAUAUAACUACAAAAUUUGGCACUUAAUCUAAAAGAAAACAAUAUAGAAGCUAAAGGUGUUUCAGAUUUAACUGAAGAAAUCGGACAUUGUCAAAAUCUAGUUUCAUUUAAUUUAAAUUUAAAUUUAAAUAAAAUUGGAAAUGACGAAACCUUAGAAUUUGGCAUAGGGUUAGGAAAAUGCAGUAGCCUUUCUUCCCUAUCAGUUGAUUUUUCGGAAAACGGAAUAAAAAAAAUAGGUUUGAUUUAGAUAUCAAAAGGGAUAAGAUGUUGUUCUAAAUUGACAAGUUUAUUUCUGGACUUUUAAAACAAUUAUAUCAAUGGAUAUUAGGCUACUUAUGAUUUCCUUAAUUAAUUAAGUAAUAAUGAAAAUCUUACUGAUUUAACUCUUGCUUUUUACUUUUCAACAUUAGAUUGUAGUGCAGCUUUAGGGUUAGGUGAAGCACUAAUUAAAUUUAAAAACCUCACAAGAUUGAUGCUAAACUUAGAUUAUAACUAGAUUAAUGAUUACGGGAUUCAAUAAUUAGGAAAAGGUAUUAAAAAUUGCCAAAACCUAAAAAAACUGCUCUUAAAUCUUAGAUAAAAUAAAUUUGGAUAUCAGGGAGCUUCUGACUUAGGAGCUGAAUUAUCAAAUUCUAAAUCACUUAUUGAUUUUUAAUUGCAAAUUAAUUCAAAUAAUAUUGGUUUAAUCGGAGCCUAAGACAUUUUGAAAGGAAUUACAAAAAUAUAAUGUUUAAAGCAUUUAAAGCUUGAUUUAUCCUCUUGUAGUAUUAUUAGUAAUCCAGGCUGUGAUUUAGGAAGCUAAUUGACAUCGUUUUAAAAUUUAUUAGGGUUAAAUUUGAGUUUAAAGAAAAAUACUUUUAUGAUGAAUGAAAAGUUAAAUUAUCUUAGAAAAACAUAAAAAUUGCAUAGAUUAGUUUAUCUUAAUUUUAAAAUUUGAUAAAAAGUUGAUAUGGUACUGAAUGUUUGUUAUUUUACUUGUUAAACUUAAUGUUUAUGCAAUUUAUAUUGAGUAGCUAGCAUUCUACUCCCAGUAACUCAUAAAUAUAUUUGUUUACUGAAUAAUUUUAAUUAAGAAAUAAAU